AUGAGGUUCUCUUUAUAUUAAAGUAUUAACACUUGUUUGCAAUUUCUUUGACUUCACACAAAUAAAAAGUCACAUAGAUUAGUGAGUCAAUUUUACUAUAGUUCAUUACAAUCUGAAACCAAAGAACUACACAUAUGUGGUUCCAUCGAGAAUGGACAAUUUUAAAUUGAACCUUAUAGAAUGUAAUGAUGCGUUGAUUCUCCAAAGGAUGAAAAUGAAAGAAGUACAAACAGUUGGAAGUCUUCCAAGAAUGAACUUUCAGUGCAAUCUAUAUCAAGAAGAAUCAUUCAAAGAAGGUAAUAUUUUAGACUCCACCUUGUCAUUCUUUAAUCCCAUUAAAUAUCACAUUAUGCAAGAGAUUUGACACAGUAGACAUUUUCAUGAGAUCAUAAUUUAUUAAAAAAAUGGUUAUACGCGUAAAUUGCCCCUAGAACCGAGGAAAGCAUCAGUGUCAAACAAACAACUACACUUUUCCUUCCUGAUCAAGCCAUCCCAAAAUCAUAAUUCUACAAGACCAAUACUUGCCCUCUGAUUCUACAAUAUAAAACCAAGUUGUUUUCUGGGAUGCUACAUCGAUAAAAAGGCUAUACCAGUCGUGCUCCCUUUUUAGCAAGCAGAAAUGCCCAAAAAGAGAAUAGUUCUGAAAAUGAGCAGCAGCAACAGCAAGAAGAGUCAGCAAAAAAUUCUAAGGGCAGUCACGAAAAUUGAAGGUGUCGAAAAACUGGAAAUGGAUGGGCACAAGGGUACUCUUACAGUUGUAGGGGAUGUUGAACCAGUGCCAAUCUUCAAGGCACUCAAGAAGAUUGGAGAGACCCCAGAAAUUGUUACUGUGGGCCCACCAAGACCACAAAGAUGCGAGCCCUACUGCUACUGCGGCUCAUGUCAGUCAUACUCAUACAGCGAUCAGCAACAGAAGUGGCGGGACCCUCUUAAGCUUUCUUGCCCAUUGCCCUGCAAUAGAUCCUGGUGCAAUCAGUGUGAGCUAGUUGCUGUUGAGUAUCCUCCUGCCUAUGAUUCAGGGCAGUGUUCUAUUCAAUGA